AUGGCUACAGUUGUUCAAUCUCGCACAACUCAGGCUACAGAUACCAUUUCAUUUCCCGUCUUGACUUAUACCGAUGCAGCGCCGCGUGACGAUCUUCGAACCCUUGACAACACCUCCCAACGGAUAAAGGAGCAGGGUGUCGUGACACAGCGGGAUUUCCGUCGACCCCAAACAGCAGAUACCGGCACAGAUAGAAAAGCACCACCGGGCCUUGGGGCCAGUUUCGAUUUUAGAUUAACAGCCCCACCGGACGAAGCAAUUCCUUCGAGCGCCCGCUCUUGCAAUAGCCCACUCGGCCCGAAAAUGAUAGGUAUUGCCCUGGGAAGCCCCGGCAUGCUGGAUUCUCAAGAGGGUCUGCCUCCGCCAAGAUUCAAUACUUUGAUAUUUGCGCAGCCACAGCCUGGACAGUCACCGCCGCGGAAAUCAAAGUGGAAGAAGAUUGGAGGGCUCUUCAGGGCCAAGAAUGCCCUUGCAUCGCCAACACAGGCUGUUCGGUCAGACCAGAAUAAUAUUCCGAGGCCUAAUGAAGUUCUCUUGGCAAAUCAACAGCAGAUGAAAAGGCGAAAGGGCUUGACCGAGGAAUGGCCACGGAUUGAAAUCGAUCCGAAAUCAAAGACCGAUAGAAAGUACCCGAGUACCCAGCGAAGCCGCAAGUGUUCUCUGUCUCGAAAAACACCACCCAGAGAUAUAUCGGAGAGUCUAGGGCCACGCCUUGAUGUUAAUAUUCCGGAUAUUCAAAUGGAAAGAUACAGCGUGAUGUUCAGCAACGUGAUGAACAAGAACCGGAGACCCAACCUGCUGGCCAGGCGGGCGAAAACUCUGAAUAGCCUCAGCGUACCAAGCAAUCAGGUAUUCCUCGCUGCCUCGGUCAAGCCGCCGCCAGUUCCCAUACGACGAGCUACUUCACCAGCACGAUCAAGCUUUACGUUAUUCCCGGCAUCGCGACCUUCGAAGGCCACCCAACCUUCAAAGGCCGCCCAGAUUCUUGGCAUACAGAACAUCCCUCAGAACUUCUCUCGUGGGCCUAGCCCUCUUCUACGAUCAAAUACCAUUCCUGUGGAGAGUCCAUCAAGAUCGCCUCUGGAGCCACCCUUUCGUGGAAUCCAUAGUAAUAAUAGCGUUUCGUCUAUCGAGUCGCCUCUUGCCGGAAAUGCCUUCGAUUCUCAAAUGAAUACCUCACGAUCAUCGAAUUCCUAUUUGCGAAAAGAAGACAAGCCGCUUCCAGCUAUCAAGUCCGAGCAGCAGACUCAACCUCGAUCGCGGAAGAUGUCCCCUCAAGAUAUUCGAGCAGUGCAGAGCUCUCUUAAGCAACCCCAAAGCGUACCGCAAACAGAGGACGAGCCCCCUGCAAAUAACCAGUCUCGCCGGAAGCGACCAAAUCUCACAAUCAACACUGGGCACGAACCACCACCGCCGCCGGCGAAGGAUGCGAAAGAGAAUUCCUCAUCCAAGUCAGCACCUGAAAUCGUUGCGCCUGCUUUAAAAACUACAGCGGAGCCGAUGAUGAUCACAGAGUCUCCGGAGGUUUUAGCUCCCAAGCGGAAUCCAUUGCGAGUGAACACUUCAGCGUCCCCUCUGGAGAGAUCUGAUCCCAAACCUAAUCCAGUGCGAACGAACAUUUUAGCCUCGCCUCUCGAGAUGGCGGGUUCCAGGCCAAUCGCAUUCCAAGCAAACACAGCAUCCCCUGUAGACGGGUCCAGGUCAACCCCUCUGCGAGUUAAUAUGGACUCUCCUCUGGAAAGAUCGAGUCCCAGACCAACACCGUUACCGGCAAACACGACGGCAUCUCCGACUAAUAUAACCACUGCCAACACGAAUGCAUUGCAGGCGAACAUUACAGCAUCACCUCUUGAGAUGUCAAACCCCAAGCCAAUCCAAUUGGGCGCAAGUAUGGCAUCUCCUAUGGACGGGCCGAGGAGAAUCCCAUUGCGUGUGAAUACCGCCUCGCCUAUGGAGAGACAAAGACCAGUCCCAAUGCGCGCAAACACAACGUCUCCUCUAGAGAGGCUGGCCAGACCGACCCCGUUGCGUGCAAAUACGUCAUCUCCUUUAGAUGCAUCAGGUCCCAAUCCGAAUCGAUUACCAGUAGAGCUACUCCGCAGUCCGCUCGUGGCUGAGUCUGGACAAUCCGACCCCAAGAAAGUCCACGACCUAAUCCCAAUCAUCGAAGUCUCCACCGCCCGCUCUAUCUCCGUGAAGAGAGGCAAGGGGGCACGCCAAAUGCUCGUUCCCAUUGGGUCUCGGGUGGAUAACUUGAAUUCAACAGAGCGCUUCGUCGAUCGCAAGGCCUUGACGCCGCGCAUUACCGAUGUGCAUCAUGGACAUAAGCAUGCCAAAUCGCAGGAACUGCAGAUCGAGUCUGUAUGA